UGUAAAAUGCUAGUUUAUUGAUAACCAUAAUAAUAUAGUUAAUAAUAGUUUUGUUCACCUAACGGUUGUAUGUAUCACCUAAAACUAAUCGGGAAUGAUAUGGAGUUACAUACAUAUGGUAUAAAUGAUUAGGAUGAAAAGACGAAUAAAAUCCGGGUGACUGUCUGCUUGUCCGUCCAUCCGUGCAAGAUUUAACCUUAGUAAAAAUUGAGAUAUCUAAGCACUAAAUUAAGAUAUAAAACUCUAAUAUGGCACAGGAAAUCGGUACAAUUAAAAUCUACUGGGUCUAAUUAUUGAAUCCGCAUCGAAAUCGAAUUCGCUGCGGAUAGAAUUUUCGAUCGAAAAUGUUUAUGCGAUUAUUGAUACCGUCGAUAACCUGCUUUACCAUAACAUAAAGAAACUGUGUUAUCAACAAAUUUGACAAGUUUGAAAAAUUAAAUAAAUUGUCUUAGCUUUUUGAUUCGUUUUUACAAAUAUUUGAAAUGGAUACAAUUGCAUUAUAUUUAAGUGAUAGUGAUGAUGAAAAUAGUGUAAACAUUCGUCGUGAGCGCAGAAAUUUGAGGAAUAUUUCAAAAGACGUGCUGAAAAUGGAUGACUAUAAGUGAGUUGACCUAUUUAAGCUAAAAAAACAAAAUUUUAUUUAUAUAUGUUUGAAUGUAUGUACAUACGCAGUUUCAUCAAAAAUUUUCGGAUCAACAAAAGGGCAUUUAUAUACAUUUUGGGGGAACGCGAAAAUGAACUUGGAAAUGACAAAAGACAAGGUUCUCUUUCUCCAAAAAUAAAACUUGCUGCAUGUCUACGUUUCUUAGCCACGGGUAGUUAUCAACAUUGUAUUGGAAAGGACUUCAAUAGAAAUAUGGCCCAAUCGACAUUUUUAGAUGAAGUACUCAACAUUCUUGAGUACAGGCUGUGUUCAAGGUGGGUCUCCAUUGACAUGACCGCCAGCGAGGAAUUAGAAGCAAAAACAUAUUUGUUUGGCAAAUCAAAAAUUCCUGGUGUGGCAAUGGCAGUUGAUGAACUCACGUAAAGAUAAUGGCACCGUCAACAGAUAAACAUGUGUAUUUUAACCGCAAAGGAUUCUCAAGUGUGAAUGUUAUGCUGGUUAGGCUUUUUCAAAAUUAACUUAUUAUUCAGUAUUCUAUAUAUACAUAUAUAUGUUUUUCAUAUGUAGGCGUGCGACCAUAAGAUGCAAAUUCGAUACGUUUGUGCUAAAUAUCCCGGCAGUAGUCAUGAUUCUCACAUAUGGGAUAUGAGUGAUUUGAAAAUCAUUAGCGCAUCAAAUUAUCGGAGAGGACAUGCAAAUUUAAUACUAGGUGUCAAAGGCUAUCCUCUUCAACCGUGGCUCAUAACUCCGUUUAGGGAACCAAUAACAUGCGUCCGAAAAAGUAGAUUCAACACAUAUCCUGCUAAAGGCCGAAUUGUUAUUGAGAAAACAAUAGGUUUAUUAAAAUCGGUAUUUCGUUGUCUUUGCAGUGAACGAGGACUACAUUACGCACCAUAUAAAGCAGCGCGUAUUGUCAAUUUAUGCUGCGCAUUGCAUAAUAUUCGUUUGCAUUUUAAUUCAAAUGAAAACAUAAAUGAAUUAAACCUGGACACAACUGAAAAUGCAUAUUCCAACGAAGAUGAGAAUGGUAUAGAUGAUACGCCUACCGAUGAAGCAAAUAGAAUUAGAGAUAGUUUUUUAGAUAUUUUUUAAUUUAAGUUCAUAGUAUAUAUUCAUAUUAAAAUUAUUUAAAUAAACAUAAAAAUUCAUUAAACGAAUUAUUAGAAAUUAAAAAUAAAAACUUAUGGAUUAUUUAAAUGUUGUAGUUCAGGUUCUAAAAUUAUUUUUUUUCCAUUACAGCAUUAUGUCGCUUCAUUUCCUUCAAUUUAUCUUUUUCAAUUUCAUAGAGUUUUCUUAUCAACCUGUUUGUUUCAGAUUGUUCUUGUGCAUGUUCGCUCUGUUGCUUCAUAAGCGUGUUUAGAACUUUUGAAACAUUGUCCUCCAUUUUUUUUGGAUAUUUAUUUGCUCCUCAAGAAGACUCAUUUUAUUUAUUUUCUGCUUCUUGUGCGGUGUACAGUGGGUCAGGUG